AUGGCAGCGUUCAGCACGACAGACGAGGCAGUUCUUACUGCCCCCCUCGAACUCAAUCCACUGGCGCAGUCAGCAACCGCUUCAUCCUCGGGUCGCUCGAUCUACUAUGUCUACGACAUCCUUUCCACAGCAGCCAAAAUUCACAGCGGUGGUUUCAAGCGAGUAGCUUUGCAAUUCCCAGAUGAAGCGCUCGUCGAUUCGGUUCCUGUAUACUGGGCGCUCAAGAGUGAGACUCGAAAGCUCUACUCUGCCGACGCUCAAUCAGCGAACACCGCGUCAGUCUCGACAUCGACGUCAGCGUUGGGCUCCAACGACGGCUUGCCACAGUUGUACAUUCUCGCAGACACAAGCUACGGAGGCUGCUGUGUGGACGAGGUAGCUGCUAAGCAUGUGGAUGCCGAUCUAGUUGUGCAUUAUGGUCAUGCUUGUCUCUCUGCUACUGCGAGGUUGCCAGUCAUCUAUGUGUUUACAAAGCAGCCACUCGAAGACGUUUCGGCUGCGGCAACCAGUCUGGCUGAAGAGACAAGUCGGAACAUCUGCAGCGGCGAUCCAUCUACAGACAUAGAAGCUCUGGUGCUGACGUAUGACGUCUCGUGGGAUCAUGUGAUUGACGAUGUCUUCCAUGCAACGCAACAGGCCCUGAAAGAACAGGGUGUGACGCUGCCGCUCGUCAGAACACAUGUCGACUUUAGAAGAAACUACGAAGACAAGCUGUACAAUGCAGAAUCUGUGGCUUCUGGUGCGGCGUUGUCAUCAGAAUGCGGCGGGGCGGUGGGAGGCUCAUGCUGUAAUGGAGUGCAACAGGUUGCUCCUUCCUCCUGUUGUAAUGGAUCGACUUGCGUGUCUGCCAAUUCGACGUCUACCGAGUUUUGCGCAACACCAACAUCGAGGUUGACGUCAACCUGUCCGUCGUCUGCCUCUUCUGUGUCGCAACUGAUCAAAGAGAUUGGCUCUGAUCGCUCAUCUCAACUGCUCGGUCCCUCUCGCAGUGUCACUCUUCCGCCAGGUAUCGAUCUCUCACAAUGUGGCUACCUUUACCUCGGACCUGAAUCGCUCUCACUCACCAACCUCCUACUCACCCUGGGCGCUGCAACUCGGCUGAUCUCCUACAACCCGCUUACGGGCCGGUCUCGGGUUGAAACCGGCUCAACGAAUCGGCUGCUGAUGAAGCGCUACGCUUGCGUGCUGAAAGCGCGCGAUGCAUCCGUCGUCGGACUUUUGGUCGGCACGCUUGGCGUCCACUCGUAUCUUCCCUUGCUCAAGUAUCUUCGUCAGCUACUGACGGCCAAACCGAGUAGGCGCAAAGUUUACACGAUUUCGGUGGGCAAAUUGAAUCCAGCGAAACUGGCCAACUUCCAAGAGAUCGAUGUGUUUGUCCUCGUAGCGUGUCCUGAAAACACGUUGGUGGAUAGCAAAGAGUUCUUUAGGCCGAUCGUCACGCCGUUCGAGAUGGAGUUGGCGGUCAAAGCGGCACAAAGACACGAGCUCGGUCAAGAGGGCGUAGAUUGGAGUGGAAAGUAUGUGUUGGAUUUCGAGCGCUUGGUGCCGCACGAAUUCAAGUCGAAUGGAAUCGAGGCCAACGGCUUAAAUGCCAAAAUGCAUUCGCUCCAGAUCGAGCAGAGUGACAAUGUUGACCAGGUGGAAUCCGAACGAGAGCCAAGCGAUGAUGAUCAACCGCAUUUUUCGCUCAUCAGUGGAACGUAUGUCCACAGACGCAAGUUUAACGCCAAGUCUACCUCGUCCACGUCCACCUUGCCGACGCCACAACAAGAUGAGCUGCAGAUGAUUGCCAACCAGGCUGGUGGAGCAAAUGAGGAUCAAGUGUUGGUUCGCAACGCUACCAGCGGCCAACUCACCACGGUGCUAGAGACCGCGUCGAUUGCACAUCUGAAAAAGCGUGGUUGGAAGGGUUUAGAACAGAGACUGGGAAUGGACGAGCCUAGUGUGCUGGAAGAAGGUCGACAAGGUAUUGCAAAGGGAUACAAGGAUGCCGGUGGAGAAGGCGAAAUUAUGUAG